AGCAUCCAAACGACCCCCUAAAAGUUACCUGCAAUAUGAAACUGAAAAAGAAAGUACAUAGGUGAAUUGAUUUUCUUGUAAAAACGCCAAGGAAUAUAUCGCCUUUUGGAGCCGAAUGCGAAACUCGUUUUACUUUUCUCGAGAAUUAACAACACUGUAAGCUGAAGAGUAAGGGAAACAACAAUGAUGAUCUUGUUUUUGAUAUUCCUUGCUAUCUUCAUAGCUUUCUUCAUCAAGUUCCUCACUGCUGAUGCGGACUUUACAUUACUCUCCAAAGGGAAUGUCAAACGCGAAGAAAUCGAAGAUAAGGUUAUUUGGGUUACCGGAGCUAGUCGCGGAAUAGGGGAGAUUCUUGCCAAACAGCUUGCAAGUUUAGGGGCUAAGCUCAUUAUAUCUGCUAGAAAUGAAGCUGAGCUACAGCGUGUCAAGCAACAACUUAUAGGAAAAUAUGCACCAAGAGAUGUGAUGAUUUUACCACUGGACUUGACAUCCGGGGAGGAAAGUCUGAGAGUCGCUGUAGAGAAAGCUGAAUCAUUUUUCGAUGCAGCUGGAGUGGAUUAUAUGAUUCACAAUGCAGCCUAUGAGCGACCAAAAUCUACAGCAUUGGAUGUGACAGAAGAAACUCUCAAGGCAACGUUAGAUGUGAAUGUUGUGGGCCCCAUAUCGCUGACGCGGAUGCUUGUACCUUACAUGCUGAAGCGGGGAAGAGGACAUCUUGUUGUGAUGAGCAGUGCAGCAGGAAAGACUCCUGCACCAGGUCAGGCAGCGUACUCAGCUUCCAAAUUUGCAGUAAAUGGGUAUUUCCACACCUUGCGUUCCGAGCUCUGUCGUAAAGGAAUCAAGGUCACGGUAGUUUGCCCAGGGCCUGUAGAAACUCCCAAUUCAAGAACUGGUUCAACUGAGCGGCGUGUAUCAUCAGAGAGGUGUGCAGAGCUGACAAUUAUUGCUGCUAGCCAUGGUAUCAAGGAAGCUUGGAUAUCUUAUCAGCCUGUGCUUGCUGUUAUGUAUUUGGUGCAGUAUAUGCCAACGGUUGGCUAUUGGCUUAUGGACAAGAUUGGCGCAAAACGUGUGGAAGCUGCUGCACAGAAAGGCAACACAUACUCCGUCAACUUGCUCUUUGACAAAAAGAAGGAAAGCUAAAAGUCAUGUUGGCAAUGAGAAUCAUGUUUUCAGCGUUCUUUCUCCGUUUUCUCAAAUAUACCACCCCACCCCCACCCAGUCCCCCACAAACCACAUAUGUUCCUCGUUGAAGGAGUUGAUUUGGAACUUAGAGAAAUGCAUCUGAUAAUGAGCACCGUUUUACUUGCUCUCUGUUAUUCGCUAGUCUCUAAAAGCGUUACUUCUCUUGGUCAGUCGACAGUCAGGCUAUAUGCAAAUGUGCGAAAGAAUGAGAGUAAUUUAUGCUUAAUGUUUUGAACGUCAUAUUCAUCAAGUCUAAUGUGUAAUCAUUUUGAGAUGUGGCUCCUUUUUGCAAUUGAUCGUGGGAGUUGAUAACAAUCCUAGUCUUGUCAUAGCUUUUACACGUGAAAGUAACUUGCAGAAUUCCUAUAAAUUAAAGAGAAAUUUACGUAAA